AUGAUCCUCGCCAUGGUGGGCAUGGCGGCCUGUGGCGGGCCGUUGCUCCCGCUGCUCGACGAGACCAAGUUCCGUGUCGGCCUCCAUGCCCCUGGCGCAGACCUGCUGCUGACCUCAGUCGAUGGCCCGCGGGUGGUGGCCAUGACCGGUGCAGACGGCCGGAAGCUCAAGCUCGACGGCGGCGGCAAGCACAAGCUCGACGACUCGGGCAAGGCAUCCGAGGCGGAACUGCUGGCACCGCUACUCGGCGAAUGCUUGUAUCGGGUCGAUGGAUGGUGGACGUAUGAGGUCUGCUACGGCUCACACGUCCGCCAGUAUCAUCGCGAUCCAAAGACAGAGGCUGUCACUGCAGAGUUCUUUCUCGGUCGCGCCCCGCGGAGUGACCGUGCUGAUGCUGCGGCCAAGUCACCUGCUGCUGGCAAGGUGGAGGCCGAUCCAGCCUCGGCCGCUAUGCCUCCCGCAAGGUACGUCGAAAAGUAUGACGCUGGCACUCCGUGCGAUCUCACCGGCGAGCCGCGUGUCACCUCGCUCAGCUUCGAGUGCUCGCUCACAGGGCUCAACGCCAUUUCCACCAUCUCCGAGCCAGCAACGUGCACCUAUGCGGUGACACUCUCCACCCCGCUGCUCUGCGACCUCGACGAGUAUGCCGCCCGCGACGAGCCCGAGCUCGACAUCUUGUGUGUACCGAAGACCGAGCCGCUCACGCUGGCCUCGCUCUUUGCCGCCUCCAACUCGGCCGACAGCUCGUGGCACAGCCUUCUCGUCCGCGCACUUGACAAGAUCACAGCCGGCUCUGAUGCUCCCCAGAGCCAAGACGCAGCUUCGGCGGCUCCCACAUCGCCCCAGGAAGACCCGGCGGCCGCCUCGAGCGACGUCGACGUUGUCCACGUCGAAGACCUGCUCGCCUCGCUCGUUCGUGGUGACAGCAUGCCCGGCAGCUUCCAAGCCGAAGCCUUACUGGAACAACUGCUGGCGCUGACACUUCAGGACGGCGACGAUGAGGCGACCGAGGCCGAACAUGUUGACGACGACGAGCCGGCGUAG